CUCAGGAAUGCAGCUCGUCAACAACUGCUAGCUUUCGAUUCGCAUCAGCUGGAGCUGUUGGCGGCUGAUAGGAGUAGUCUCAGGCUGUUUGUCAGUCCGUCUCCAGCUUCAGAGGUGUCAAAACCAGCAGUAUGGCCACGGCGCAGUCGGUGUUGCUUCUAGCAGUUAACAUCCUGCUGAUCUCUGAGUUCAUCCUCGCUAAGAGAGACUACUACGACAUACUCGGGGUGCCUAAAGAUGCCACUGAACGUCAGAUCAAGAAGGCCUUCCAUAAACUGGCCCUGAAGUACCAUCCUGACAGAAACAAGGGCCCAGAUGCAGAGGCGAAGUUUAGGGAGAUAGCAGAAGCAUACGAGACGUUAUCAGAUGAUAAGAGGAGGCGAGAGUACGACCAGUUUGGCCACGGCCCAUCACCAGGGGAGGGCCACAGAGGAGGAGGAGGAGGAGGCAGCUACAACUUCAACCAGCACUACCAGUCCUUCAACUUUGAUGACAUUUUCAAAGACUUCGACCAUUUCGGUCACCAACAGAGACACCAACACCACUUCCACUCCCACACCCAAAACCAAGCCCACCAGAAGAGACACUUCGACAGCCACUUCCAGGCCCACAGGGAAGCCAUGAACAGACAGAGGAGGCAGUUUCAACAGGGGGCCUUCGGAGGAGGAAUGUUUGACGACAUGUUUGAGGACUUGGAGAAGAUGUUCUCCUUUAACACGCACAGCACAAGGACUGAGAGUCGAUUUCAGAGCUCGGGGAAGCAGCACUGCAGGACAGUGACUCAGCGCAGGGGGAACAUGGUUACCACCUUCACCGACUGCUCCUGAAACAAGCUGAAAACGCAACGCUUUUGGGACACUGCUGGGUUUUUGUUUUGGAAUUGAAUGCUAAUUUAUGACUUGGUGGAAUACAGAAUGGUUUUGUGUUGCUUUUGUAAUGCUGUUUGUGAUUUCAUCUUUGAACAAAUGUUAAAGGGCGCCUGUUAGGCUGCUUCCAAGCAAUAAGUUGCACCUAAUGCCCAUCGCACGAUAAAUAAUAUACCUCUCUGUCAUUUAGAUGUCAGGUUCAUUAUGCUUACUUGUUUUUGAUGGUACAUUUUAUAAGACUCAGGUAUGGCCUAAGACUAAAAAAGGAGGCAAUAAGAUUUAUUAAAACACAGCAGAACCAUCAUGAAAACAUAAUUCUGCAGCCAGUUAGGCCAUACUGGUAGUGUUCUUUCCAUAAGAUAAACCAUUUACUUAUGUAAAACAAGGCUUUGCUACGCAUAUUGUACUUUGGACUUGCAUAUUUUCCCUCUUUGGUUUUAAAAUUAAGCUUAAAGAUGGGCAAAAGUUGUGCAUUUAUCAACUGUUACCUCAUUGGUUUCCUUCGACAGGGGUGCAUCUACCUGUACACAGUCAAGAUGCAAAUUAACAUUACCCCCAAUGACAAAUGCUGGCGAAGUUUGUGUUCUCUUUUAAGUUGUUUUGAAGGUAAAAAAGAAAAAAAAAACAUGGGUGAUCAGCCAGUGAAGCUGAACAGUCUUAUAAGAGUUUCUUGAACUGAUCUUAAAGUGCAAUAUUCAGCACCUUUGCUCUUCAUGUUGCCUAUCUUUCAAAGACAGUGCUGUUUUUUUGUCAUUGUCUAAUGUUCGCACUUUGUAUGUGUGAGUUUGUACGUGUGCACGCCGACUCUGGCCUGAAUGUUGAUUGAUUGCAAAAAAUGUUUAGAGAAUUAAUAAAAGGUUAC